AUGCAAGAGAAGGAACCCAGGUCCCCAUGGCUGGCCAUCAAGUUUGGAUGCUGUGCAUCAAAAGAGGAUUUUGUGGACGAUGGGAGAAAUGCGCUCAGGGCCGCUGGGGAGACUGAUAUGCGCAUAUGCUACGAGCAACCGCGUCCCGUACCCCAACCUUGCGCGGAGCCAACACUUCAACGCCCAUCGACAAGUCAGUCGGUGAGCCGCCAUGUCUCGCAAUGGGUUUCCAACAGUCGCGAGUACGCUACACGUGCUUCGUCUCGUGCAAGCAUCUCGACCCUUGCGCGACCAAGGCGCUCCCAUUCAAGGCCUAGCAUCAGUCGCCCAACUAACUUUCGGCACUUUGAUGGUCUUGACGAUAUGCCUUCGAUGCUAGAUGAUGCUUCCGUGCCUACUCGCCGCCGUCGUAGCUUCCGUCCACUUGAGCUAUCAAUCUACCUUCCUAACGGUUGCGGCCAUCUGUCCCCACUGCCUGACUUCGACGGUGAGGAUGCCUGGGCUAGCCUACCAUCGCAGCUGGAGCGUCCUGCUGAAGCCCAUGUCCGCGUAAGGGACUCGCGUACGAGCUCUGUAUCUUCAAACCCUUCCGCCUCAUCAUUCGUCAUCCAACGUAAACCCGUCGGUGGGCCUUCGCGAAGGAGCAGUGUCCAGAGCCAGAAGAGCACCGCCACCCACGAGAGGAGGCUCUCGGGAACUACCAUGGGUACUAUGGCCACGCCCACCCUUGCAUACUUGCCAGAGAACUCGCCGAUUGCCGUUGAUCAAAUGCUUGAGAAGCCUACCAUCCAGCGAUCGCGCACGUCCGGUACCUUAUCGCCUGCUCGUGUGCUUUCACGUCUCCCAUCGCCGUCGCGCAAUCGUGCCAACACUGCACCAUCUUCUCGCCCUGGCAGUCUUCGCCGUACGAAGACCGACGUCGAUGACGCCAUUCGCGAAUUGAACACCAUAAUCGAGGAGCGCCGUGCCAGCGCCUACCGCUCGCAUGCUCACUCACCCGCACUCAUCAACCGCCCUCCGCCUUCUCCAUCUCACCACGUCCCUUACAUCGCGCCGUCGAUGCGUAUGCACGUCCGUUCCGAGACCCUCUCAGACAUUGGCUCUGCAUUCUCAGCUCCUCUGGGCUUCAAGCCCCUCGCCACCACCCCAGAAGCUAUCACGCCCCGACGAGCAACAAUGGGUCUUACACUCUCCCCACCAUCCUUCGCUCACACCGGCCCCUUGACCUCGAACCCCAUCACGCCGCCACCACCCGCUACACCCACAACACCCAUCGCCCGCUUAGGAGCCUGGCUCAAGCGUUCCACCUCCACCCUAGCCUCGAGCUCGCGACCCGCGACGCCAAAAACAGCAGACUCCUUCUACCAAUGCUCGCCCUACCCUGCCCUCCCCAACACGACCUCCCGCCCCUCAACAUCCGGCUCCCGCACUCUACACACCCGACAAGAAAGCCAAGAAAGCAACGGCACAGCUACCGUAACGCUCUUCUCUACUACGUCUUACGCCUCCACCCGCUCUACCUCACCCACGCCCACAUCUCACUCUCUCGCCUCCACCGUCGCUACUUGCUCCCCGCCCCGCAAACUCCGCCGCGUACCUGCUCCUCUGACGCUCGUCAAGGAGAAAGAGAUCGCUGCUGAAGCUGGCCUCUUGAGCGCGACGACAAGGAAGAGCGGUAUCAUGAAUGUCAAGCCUCCCAUGAGCCCCAACUUUGAUCUACUCAAGGGCAUGGAGAUUAGUGCCAAGGACGUCGGUUUUAACGGUAGGGCAAGUGCAAUGGUCAUGAGUCCGGGGGCUGUUGGUGUUGCCUUCUAA